AUGGAAAUAAUAUAACGUCAGCGAGGUUUGAAUGUCCUCUGUGGUGAGGAGAUCACCAGCACUUAGUGGUCCACGUACAAGCGCUACGUAGUUGCAUUCCCCCACCCCAUGUACACACACUUUGAAUGAUACCGGUUUAGACCACUUAGUGCCAAAGUGAGGAAUGGUGAUGCUCUCUGUCUCAUUUAGUGACUCUGUGGAUGUUGGUCAGGGAAAUGACAGCUAAUGCCUGUUGGGAGGAUCUUCAUAGAUAUUCAACUGCUUUGAGGUGACAUCCAAGAGGGUAUUCGACAACUGGAGACCAUUAAAAACAAACAGGAGGUGUCACUGUGUGCAAUGAUGGCUCUGAUUUAUGCCCACAAAAUAAGCCCUAAUCCAAAUCGUGAUGCUAUUCUAGAGUUGGAUACAAAAAUGAAGGAGCAACGUAAAAUUGCAGGACAGCAGGCUCUGUAUUUUGCUGGCUUAUUUUUGUGGCAUCUUGGUCGUGAGGACAAAGCCCGUGAAUAUGUUGAUAGGAUGAUAAAAGUUUCUAAUGGUGAUAAAGAGGGGUUGAUUCUGAAAGCAUGGCUUGAUCUCACCUGUGGGAAAGAAACUCAUAUCAAAAAAGCUGUGAAGUACUUUGAUGAAGCCCUUCAGGAAGGGAAUGACGUUUUUGCUCUCCUUGGUAAAGCACAAUAUUUUGAGGUCCGACAGAAUUAUUCAGGAGCUCUGGAAGUCGUGAACCAGAUAAUUGCAAGCUUUCCAAACUUCAUUCCUGCUUUCAUAAAGAAAAUGAAGCUACAACUAGCCUUGCAGGACUGGGAACAGACAGUUGAAACUGCACAUAGACUAUUGCAGAAAGAUGCCCUCAAUUUAGAAGCCAUAAGAAUGGAGGCCCUGCACUUCCUAUGCAGGGAAGGAAAUAUACCCCAGGCUUCAGCUAGACUGGGUGACCUAGCUAAAGCACUGGACAAGUUAGAACCACGUAAUUCACAGCUCUUCUGUAAAAUGGCUCUAGCUUUCAGUAGAACAUGUGGCCGGAACCAACUUAUCCUUCAACAUACACAAACCUUAGUUGAAAGAGCAUUUGAUUUGACAUCUGACAAUGCAGAAUUUGCUACAGAACUUGGCUACCAAAUGAUUCUACAAGGGAAAGUGAAAGAAGCUUUAAAAUGGUACAAGACUGCUAUGACCCUUGAUGAAACAAGUGUUUCUGCACUAACUGGAAUUAUCCGUUGUCAGCUAAUACAAGGGCAACUAGAAGAUGCGGAGCAGCAGUUGGAGUUUCUUAAUGAAAUUCAGCAGUCCAUUGGGAAAUCUGGGGAGCUAUCUUUCUUGCGUGCAGUCCUAGCUAUGAAAAAGCAUAAGAGACAAGAAGAAGUUACUGCCUUACUGAAUGAUGUUCUGGAUACUCACUUUUCAUCGUUGCGUGGUUUUCCCCUUGGUGUGGAGUAUUUUGAAAAACUAAACCCUGACUUCUUGCUAGAAAUUAUUAGGGAAUAUCUUAAUUUUUGCCCGGCUCAGCAUGUGUGUCAUGGGCAGUCUCCUUCAUCACUUCUCAAACACUGUGCUUCUGUUCUGGAAACUGUGGUAAAAACUGUGCCAGGUCUUCAACAAGCUAUUUUUUUAAUUGCAAAGGUGAAAUACUUAACAGGGGAUAUUGAAGCAGCCCAUAACAAUCUACAUUACUGUCUUGAAAGGAAUCCUUCUUAUGCAGAUGCACACUUACUGAUGGCCCAGGUAUAUUUGGCUCAAAACAAUACUAAGCUGUGUUCUCAAUCCCUGGAACUCUGUCUGAGCUACAAUUUUGAGGUGAGAGAACAUCCUGUUUAUUACUUAAUUAAGGCCCAAACCCAAAAGAAAAUGGGUGAAUUAUCAGAAGCUAUUAAGACCUUACAGAUGGCAAGGAAUUUGCCUGGAAUGAGAAAACAUACAGCUUCCUCCAAGACCAAAGCAAAAAGAAUUGAAAUUGAUGCAAGUGAUCGUGUGUCUGUCUUCCUAGAAUUAGUAGAAGCACAUUGUUUGAAUGGAGAACUGCACGAAGCUGCUAUAGUACUGCAAGAUGCCAUUAAUGAAUUUUCUGGAACUCCUGAGGAAGUGAGAGUUAUGAUUUCAAAUGCAGAUUUGGCAGUUGCUCAAGGAGAUGUUGAACAAGCCUUGACUGUGCUCCGAAAUAUCACACCUGAACAGCCUUACUUUGUACAAGCUAAGAUAAAAAUGGCAGACACUUAUCUUCAGUACAGGAGAGAUAAGAAGUUAUAUGCUGGCUGCUAUAGAGACCUAGUAGAUAAAAUUCCAAGUGCUCAUACUCUACUUCUUCUUGGUGAUGCAUACAUGAAUAUUCAAGAGCCUGAUGAAGCCAUAGAAGUCUAUGAGCAGGCCUUGAAGAAAAAUCCAAAAGAUCCAGCUUUAGCAAGCAAAAUCGGAAAAGCCCUAACCAAAACUCAUAACUAUUCAAAGGCAAUCAGUUACUAUGAGGCUGCCUUGAGAAGUGGUCAGCAGAACUUCCUUUGCUAUGAUUUGGCUGAGCUUUUAAUGAAGCUGAAGCAGUAUGAAAAGGCAGAAAUAGUACUUCAACAAGCUUUAGAUCAUGAGCCUGUUAAUGAAUUGUCUUCUAUGAUGGAAGAUGGACGUUACCAGGUUCUUCUGGCAAAAAUUUACAGCAAAAUGGAUAAGACUGAUGAAACAAUAGCUUCAUUACAACAGGCUCGGGAAUUGCAAGCCAGAAUACUUAAACGGGCUCAGAUAGAACAGCCAGAUGUGGUUCCUGCACAGAAACAGUUAGCAGCUGAAAUUUGUGCUGAGAUUGCAAAGCAUUGUACAGCCCAGCGGAACUAUGAAAAAGCAAUUAAAUUUUACAAAGAAGCACUUGUUCACUGUGAAACCGAUAAAAAGGCAAUGUUGGAACUUGCACGUUUGUAUCUUGCACAAGAUGAUACUGAUGCCUGUCAACAUCAGUGUUCCUUGUUGCUGAAGAAUGACCAAGAUAAUGAAGCAGCAACGAUGAUGAUGGCUGACCUCAUGUUCAGGAAGCAAGACUAUGAACAAGCUGUCUUUCAUUUCCAGCAGCUCCUAGAACGCAAGCCAGAUAACUAUGCAACCCUCUCACGUUUAAUUGAUCUGUUAAGAAGAGCUGGGAAGCUAGAAGAAGUCCCAAGAUUUCUUUUAAUGGCUGAAAAAUAUUCUUCCAGAACAAAGCUCGAACCGGGUUUUCACUACUGCAAAGGACUGUAUCUUUGGUAUACAGGUGAACCAAAUGAUGCACUCCGGCAUUUUAAUAAAGCUCGAAAGGACAAUGACUGGGGACAGAAUGCAGUCUAUAACAUGAUUGAAAUUUGUUUGAACCCAGACAAUGAAACUGUAGGUGGUGAAGUCUUUGAAAAUCUAGAUGCUGACAUAAGCAAUUCAACAGAGAAGCAGGAAUCCGUGCAGUUGGCUGUAAGAACAGCAGAAAAUCUUCUGAAGGAACUGAAGCCUCAGACCAGUCAGGGUCACAUUCAGCUGCGAAUCAUGGAAAAUUAUUGUCUCAUGGCAACCAAACAAAAAUCAAAUGUUGAACGAGCACUGAACACUUUUACUGAAAUAGUAGUGGCUGAGAAAGAUCAUAUACCAGCACUCCUGGGAAUGGCCACAGCCUACAUGAUCUUGAAACAGACUCCACGAGCCAGAAAUCAGUUAAAACGGAUUGCAAAAAUGAACUGGAAUCCCAUUGAUGCAGAGGAGUUUGAAAAGAGUUGGCUUCUGCUUGCAGAUAUAUAUAUUCAGUCUUCAAAAUAUGAUAUGGCAGGUGAAUUAUUAAAACGAUGCCUUCGUCAUAACAGGUCCUGUUGCAAGGCUUAUGAAUACAUGGGAUACAUAAUGGAAAAGGAACAAGCAUAUAAAGAUGCAGCAAUAAAUUAUGAGAUGGCCUGGAGAUACGGAAACCAAACAAAUCCAACAAUAGGCUACAAGCUGGCUUUCAAUUACCUGAAAGGAAAGAGAUAUGUUGAUGCAAUCACUGUUUGUCAUAAGGUGCUUGAAGCACAUCCAAACUAUCCGAAGAUCAGAAAGGAAAUACUUGACAAGGCCCGUGCAUCAUUAAGAACAUGACUUUAAAAAAAAAAAAAAAAAAAUCGAAGCUCAUCAACUUGUUUGUUUAAUCUGACUUUGGAAACUAUUGCCAUGACAGUGACCAUAUCAGCACAAAUUUAUUGUGAAUAUGGAAUUCAAUUUCUGUGAAUAUGGAAUACAGUUACAUUGCAUUAGAAAUCUGGCUUAUUUCCAAGAAAAAUCUGCAGCCCUGAAAGGAACUGUAGUUACUCAGCAGAGAAUACUGCUUAUGUGUAUGGUAUAUGAAGUGUCAUCUGAAAAUAAAAAAUAACAGAAGUAAGGGCCACAAACAUCUCUAUAAAAUACUGCUGAAGUAUAUUUUGGAUAACAAGUCCAACUUGGACACUAGUGAUUUACUUCCUGGAGGUAUAUUACCCAUCUACUUCUCAAAAGUGAAUAUGCACUCCACACUGUGGAGUACAAGUUAUAUAUAUACUAUACUGCAAGUAAUCUAUACUGCUGUGUGUUUUAAAGAAAAGAGUAAACAUAAUAAGAUAACACUUGUAUGAAUACAAGGGUGUACGGUAGUUUCUUUUCAGAGAAACGGUACAUAGGAGAUAGUGCAGUCUUAUUCUUUUGAGUUCCAGCAUUUAAAAAAGUUUUAAAGAAUGUAAUUCUGUAUUCUUUUGUCCAUUUGAAAUAGCACUCAAAACAACAGCCUGUCCUAACCUAGUGCAGGAUUUCUGUCUUUGCUUAUUGUUGAGAUGCUGGAUCUUGGUUUAAGUAAUCUGUUCAUUCAAAAUUUCUAAAGUAUGCUUUUAUUUUUACGUAUACUGUAAAUACACUUGAGUUUUUCAAGAUUGAAGUAAUUGUAUACAUUGUUCUAAAACUUUGAUUUUUAAUGAAAUUGUAAUAUUUAAAAAUAAGAUUUUAUAUAAAUGUUCGGUAAAGGCUUUUAAAGACUAUGCAAGUCUUCUACACAGUAUUUAUUCUCUACUCAUGCUGUCUGUUAUCAACCUGUCUGUCAGAUUUCCACGGAGAAAAAUAUUUGUCGUUUUUAA